AAGUUAGUGUUAUACUUUUCAAUCCAAAUCCCCCCUUCAGUUGCGUAGACUUGAGCUGCGUAUGUGUAAAUGCUCCUCCCUACCAACGGUGACCGUUCUAGUUUGGACUGGCAGGUGAUUGCUGCAUUGCGUACCUUCAUUUCCUUUCCUCCGCAUACAUACACCCACAUAGACAUAGAUUCACCCAUUAUAUAUGUAUAGAGAGUUAUAUACUACAUAGUACAUGCAUAUAUACAGGGGCAUCGGAAUUGAAAUCUAGGGUUUCGAUUGGUCGAUUUGAGUUACACACCGGGAUCUGUUUCUGCGCCAGGAUCAUCGGAUUCAGAUGAAAAAGCCACUGCUAAUUAGAAAGCAAACCCUAGAAUUGGUGUCAUGUUUACAGAUAAUUUGAUAGGGUUUUCUCUCGCUGUGGCAUCCAGUAUCUUCAUUGGAGCGAGCUUCAUUAUCAAGAAGAAGGGUCUCCAGCGGGCCGGCGCCUCGGGCCCUCGUGCCAGUUCAGGAGGAUACGGUUAUCUACUGCAGCCACUUUGGUGGAUUGGCAUGAUCACUAUGAUUGUUGGAGAAUUAGCCAAUUUUAUUGCUUACAUUUAUGCUCCUGCUGUGCUUGUGACACCUCUUGGAGCAUUGAGUAUAAUUGUUAGUGCUGUUCUUGCACACUUUUUAUUGAAGGAGAAAUUGCGACGUAUGGGCAUACUGGGGUGUGUUUUGUGCGUAGUGGGGUCCACCGUGAUUGUGCUUCAUGCACCUAGUGAACACAGUAUAAAUUCAGUGGAAGAGAUCUGGGAAUUAGCAAUACAACCAGCUUUUCUUCUGUACACGGCCUCUGCAGUGGCUGUGGUGUUGGUGCUUGUGUUGUACUGCGAACCGCGCUUUGGACAGACAAACAUAAUGGUUUAUAUUGGCAUAUGCUCAGUGAUUGGAUCGUUGACGGUUAUGAGUAUAAAAGCAAUAGGAACUGCUAUAAAACUCACAUUGGAAGGGUCAAGCCAGGUAGCAAGCUUCCAGACAUGGAUUUUUGCAAUGGUAGCAGUUACUUGUAUUAUAACUCAGUUGAAUUAUUUGAAUAAGGCUUUGGAUAAUUUCAACACAGCUGUUGUCUCUCCAAUCUACUAUGCCAUGUUUACCUCCCUCACGAUUUUGGCCAGUGCAAUAAUGUUCAAGGAUUGGUCCGGUCAGAGUGCCAGUAAUAUUGUAUCAGCGCUUUGUGGAUUCAUUACUGUGCUUUCAGGUACUAUGGUUUUGCAUAGUACGAGAGAACCUGAUCCACCUCCUGUCACAGACUACUCCUCACUUUCUCCUCAAAUAUCCUGGCUUGUCCAUGCCAAUGGUGAAAUAUGGAAGCACAAAGAGGAUGACGAGUUGCAACCUGAAUUCAUUGCAAUAAUUCAGCAAGAUCAUUUCAAGUAAAACACGUAGAUUUCUGAGAUAUCAAAGCUCAGUCCCUAUGAGAGAGCUGGUGAUCUUUGCAAUGGUGAUUUUGGUUUCAGAUCUGCUACAGUCCAUGAAUUCAACAGGUUGAGGGUUGAUGUUUGCUUGUGCAUGCCAGAGUUUUUUUUAAUUGUAAUGGUUUUCUUUAUGGGAAUUUUAAUGUUUUUCUUUUUAGUUUAUUUUUUCUUUGUUCUUGGGUUUAAUCUAACCAGUAAGUUGUUGAAGUACGUCUAAUUUAUUCUUUUGUUUGUGCACUCUGUACCAUAGAAUCAUCUGCAUUAUUUGUACAAAUGGCAUGGGGUUUGUAAGAACUGCAGACGCUCUGCUUUUCAGUGAAUGAGUAAUCUGCCAUUUUUGCAAUACAAAAAAUAAAUCUCUCUUUUUUCA